AUGGAACGACCCUUAGAACGGCUUUCCGCCGCCGGCGCCGCCUCCGGAGACCUGCUGACCCCCGCGCACAUCGAGCGGCUGGUGUUAAACCUCCACCACCAUCAUCACGACGACGACGUCCACGGCGGCGACUUGGGGUGGCUCAACGCGUCGAUCGCGUCCGCGUGGGGCGGGUUCCUGCGGGAUUGGAGCGCGCGGCUCGUCGGCGACGUCGCCGCGCGUCGUCUCGCGGUGCGCCGCCCGCGCGCGCUCGAGUCCGCGACGCUGCGGUCGUUCGACUUCGACCCGCGGCCGCCGACGUUCUCGAACGCGCGCGUGACGCGCGCGACGCGGCGCGCGUCCGACGGCGCGCGCGUCUUGGAGCUCAGGCGCGUUCUGUUGUACACUGGUCCCCGUACGACCGCGUUGGCGCGGUGA